CGCCUGAAGGAAGUCACGGUACAUUACAUGCAAACAAUGUGUGCUUAUUAAUGUAGUUUAGUUACAAUUGAAACAUGCAUUCAGGGUUAAUCAAAAGGUCUCAUUGGCUUUUGCGGUGCUAAAUGCCAAGAGAACGCGCAAGCGUCAUGGCGUACGCCUCGUCUGCUAGACUUCAGACAUGCCGGAACAUUCGACGUGUUUGCGCUUUCAGAAAACAAUAGCGCGUAGACUUCCCGAGGAAGCCUCGCGCACUUCGUAAAGUCGACCGCGUAAAGCGCUUUAAUCUCGAGCCAUCCAUCGCGGCUCGCCGCGCAGCGUACUCACAGCGCCAUGAAGAGAGAUGUGUUGACGAUGCACGAACGGAGCGUGUUCCGUACGCCGCCGGACUUCACGGUGCUCGCCGAGAAGUACUUCGAUUUCUCGCAGCACGUCACCUACAACACCUUGGGCAAGGCGAAGCUCGACUUCAAGGAUUCCGACUCGCAGCGGGCGCUGUCCAAGACGCUGCUCAAGCACUUCUUCGAGCUGGACGUGCGGUUGCCGCAGGGUCGACUGGUGCCGGCUGUGCCGCAGCGUCUCAACUACCUGCUCUGGGUCCAAGAUCUGGUCGAGAAGGCCUUGGAAAGGAAGGAAAACGUCGUGGCGCUCGAUGUCGGAACGGGAGCAUCGUGCGUGUUGGCGCUGCUGGGCCACAAGCAGUGUGGAUGGGAUUUCGUGGGUACGGAGACGGAUUCCGCCGCCGCCACUUCGGCCGCAGAAAAUGUCACCCGCAACAGCCUCGAGGAGCACAUCAAAGUGUUGGAGGUUGACUCACUCGUUGAGGCCGUGGAAAAGACAGAGUCCCACAAGUUUGACGUGUGCGUCUGCAACCCGCCCUUUUUCACAUCGAACGAGGAAGCAGAUGCCAAAACGAAGGCCAAGGAGCAAGGGCGCACUUCUCCGCCUUCCGACAUGGGAGGCGUUGAGUCGGAAAAGGUAUGGGCUAAUUCGGGUGAGACAGGCUUUUUCAAGGACGUGCUCUUGCGGGACAGCCUCAUACUACGGGACAAGAUUGGCCUGUACACCUGUAUGCUGGGCAAGAACGGCAGCGUCAAGGAAGUACUCGGUGUGCUGCAAAACAAGGUCAAGUCCUUUCGAGUCGCAGAGUUUCACCAGGGAAAGACAACUCGCUAUGCCGUUGCAUGGACGUUUCUCAACGUCAAUCUACAAAAGCUUCCAUACUCCAAGGUGCGACAGCAGAAGCAGCAGACCAAGAUUGAGCUGGUACUUCCGCAAUCGCAAGUACCGCUCACUCUGCGGGUUCACUACGUCUGGCGGGAACUGAUCAAUGCCCUGAACUCUAUCGAGGUCCCCUACGAGAUCAUCAACGAGGGCCAGAACAUGUGCCACCUGUGGGUUAAGGCCAAGGAGAACACGUGGACGCAUCUAAGGCGGAGGCGCCGGGAGCUGGAGCGCCGACGCCGCGCGCAGGAGGAGGCCAAGAAAGCCGAAGAGGCCAAGAAGCCCAAGGACGGCUCUAUGGAUAUCCAGCAGGCACAGGACGCACCAAAGCAAGAGAAGCUAUCAAAGUUAGACGGGACCGCAGCUAAGCCGGCUGGAACUUCGGACGAACUUGGUAAAACAGAGGUUGCUGAACAAGAGCCUACCGAAUCUGCAAGCGAACUGGUCGAGGAAGAAAAUCCUGCAUUGGAGCUACGCGAGCUGCCGGCCGCCCUCUCUGAGAGCUCCACUAAUGGGCCCUCGUCAGAAGCUGAGCCAGGUGAAUCCAGCGACGUGCCAGCCGAGGAACAGGAGUUAGCGUCAGAGUCUUCCUCUGUUGCCUCAAAAGUGUGGGAUCCUUCUGCAGCGGCCGCACCCUCAAAUCACGCGCCAGGGCAGUCAGAUCUCGAACCACUGCCCGAGCAGUUUCCUAGUUGGUUGACCCCGAAAGAGGCCAUGGAAGGAGACCUUGCCUACGAUACUGGUGGCUGCGAAGGGGGCAGUGUGAAAAGGAAAAUGGGAGACGAGAAUGCCCCAGACGAGCCACCAAGCAAGGUUCAACGCCAGGGUCCCAGCGACAAAUCCUCUGAGGAAAGCAUGGAUGACAUGGCAGCCGACGAAGGUGUCAGAGGGUCCAAUCCUGAACCGGACGACGCCCCAUUGCUUCUGAGCACCGACAUAAGAGUGCGCCGCUUCUACGCCGACAUCGUCAUUCACAUGACCAUCCGCAGCGGCCAAUCAGACGUUGCGCACCAGUUGCUGCAGUACAUCAAGAACUGCCUUUGGGGAGUGUAACUUCCCCUGCCAACUUGUUUGACGCUGAAGUCCUCGAUGGCUGCAUUUGUCUUUUUUUUUAUUCACACUUUCGGAAACUGUUAUUUCGUGUGUCACUUCAUCUGGGUUGUGUGAAUGUGCUGGUGCGAAGAACUGCUGCGAGAGAGGGGUGUGUGCAUGGUGUGGUGUGAAUGUUUCAUUUGGUCGCAGUGCACAUUGAAUUAUAUCAAAUGAAAAAAAUUAUGUUUGCACGUUUUCAGGCAUACUUUUUUCCCUCAUUGCAAUAAAAUUCCGUACAUUCUAUAAAGCAUGCUUCUUCUUGUAUUGUGUCAUUAUGCGUUUUUAUUUUUUCUUGCUGCGAAUCAAAUUAGUCCCUAGUGAUUGUAAAAAAUUGCUCUUCUGUUGCAAACAGUUGGAUUUCUUGAGGCUUCUUUCUGUCUCAGUCACAAAAAAUAAACAUUCUGUGGUUCACAA